AUGUUUGUGCAGCAGUUCUCCGGCAUCAACGCCGUCAUCUUCUACUCUGCCUCCAUCCUGCAGGAGAGCAUCGGCCAGCCUUGGGUGGUGAUGACGGCGGUGGCGGUGCUGCUGAUGGAUCGCGCCGGCCGCCGCGCGCUGCUUCUCGUCUCCCUGGCGGGCAUGUGCUUCUGCGCGGCUGCCAUGGGCGCGUUCCAUCUCAACGCGCAGCGGCCGACCUGGCUAGCGGCUGGCGCUCGAGACAGGGCUGACUCGGGCGCCAUCCCCUGGCUGCUGAUGGGCGAGCUGUUCGCGGCCGACGUGCGCGCGCUCGCCGCCUCGAUGGCCACACUGCUCAACUGGGCCUUCUCCUUCACGAUGACGCUCGUGUUUGCGCAGCUCAACGCUGCGCUGGGACCCGCCGGCACCCCCCUUCCUCUUCUCGGCCAUCUCGGGCAAUCUCGGGUCAUCUCGGGUCAUCUCGGGCCCGCAGGCACCUUCUUCCUCUUCUCGGCCAUCUGCGCCGCCGGCGCCGCCUUUGUGGCGGCGUGCCUCCCCGAGACAAAGGGGCGGAGUCUGGCGGAGGUGCAGGCGCUCUUUGGCAGCGAGGCGAGCUAG